UGCCGGGAGAUAACGAGUAGCGAGUAUCUAUAACGAAUUAGAGUGUUACGGACGUAUCUAUUGUACGCGUUUCAGAUAUAUGGUUUUAUCUGACGUUCGAAAGUAUCUGUCGAGAUUAGGAGCAAUUGUAUCCUGGAUGCUGAUGUUUUGAAAACAUAAAUGUUUAAGAAUUUGUACUAGAUUUGGUUUGAAGUGAAACGUGACAAAGAAGUGGAAGAUAUUUGAAUACAUUUGUGAUUGAAGUGAUUGUUCUUCAGAGUGGAGUUAGUAAAGUGGCCAAGUGCCAGGUGUGGAUUUCCUUUUGAGUUCAAAGUGGAUUUAAGGAUUAAAACAACCGACCUGGACACCUUUAACACAAUUGGAAGAAUGAAGACUGAGUUGCGUUCUUGCGCAGCAUGUGGUGAACCGAUCUCAGACCGAUAUUUUCUGGAAGUUGGCGGCUGUUCAUGGCACGGAUCAUGUCUUAGGUGUUGUGUAUGCUUAUCACCGCUCGAUCGACAACAAUCAUGUUUUCUCAGGGAACGACAGGUCUACUGUAAGGCCGAUUAUGCAAAAAAUUUUGGCGCCAAAUGUUCAAAAUGUUGUCGCGGUAUAUCAGCAUCGGACUGGGUUCGACGUGCCCGCGAACUGGUUUUCCACUUGGCAUGCUUCGCCUGUGACUCGUGUGGGCGACAAUUGUCCACUGGGGAGCAAUUUGCAUUAAUGGAUGAUCGCGUACUCUGCAAAGCCCACUACCUCGAGACCAUAGAGGGUGGAACGACAUCAAGCGAUGACGGAUGCGAUGGCGAUGGAUACCAUAAAAGCAAAACGAAACGCGUCCGGACGACCUUCACCGAGGAACAAUUGCAAGUGUUGCAGGCUAACUUCCAAAUUGAUAGUAACCCAGACGGACAAGACUUGGAAAGGAUAGCAUCCGUGACUGGACUGAGCAAACGAGUAACGCAAGUGUGGUUUCAAAAUUCACGGGCGAGACAAAAAAAGCACAUUCAUGCGGGAAAAAAUAAAAUAGGCCGCGAUACGGACAGCAACUCCUUUGCCCGCCACAUAAAUCUCCAGCUAACGUACUCCUUUCAAAAUAACUCGCAAACUGCGAUGCCAUUAAACAGUAGCAAGACGUCAUCACUUUUCCCAUCUCAUGGUUUAUAUUUUACAGAGUCAUCGUUGGACGAACUGUCGCAAGACUCCAGCAUCCACUGCAUGCAGAACGAGGUGUAAUCUAACGGGGGCAACAGGUGCAUCUUACCAAUCCCAAGCACUCCGGUAGUCACUUAGUCACGUAACCACUAGUUCUUUGCGAAAACAAGGAAAAAAGAUGCAAAUGCAGGUUCAGAUUGUACUUCAGUUUCAGCAAGAUCCUAGUCAAACCAGUCUCCUACAUAGAAAUGUUGGACUAAAAUCGUAAAAAUUUUAAGGCCACCAUAAACGAUCAGUUCGGCUGCCGCGGCCUAGCAAGUCAGCAGCAACUACUGUCGCGAUUGCUCCCAAUUCAGGUCCUUGGUAAAGAGUUCAGGUUACAGGCCGAGCAAGAUUUAUUUACCAAUAAUUGUAAAAGUCCAAUUUACUCAAUGCUAAGCGACUAUAAAUUGCAUUCAAAGUAUCUUUACUAACGAUUUGAAAGGCUAUGCAGGCAAUUUUCGAAAUCAAAAAUUUCAAAUAUCGGCGAAAUUGCAACGUUUUUGUCAAACAAAUCUAUCCACAACUGCAUCUAAACUGAUCGUUUAUGGACCGCUUUAAAGGCCGGUAGCGCCCAUAGCGGAGAGACGCGUUAAUUUAGCGAAUUGUUACUACUUAAGAGAACGACUUUAUACUAAGACAGUAUUAAAAUGCUAUAAUUUAUUUAUUUAUUAUAAACAGUGACAGGAAGGGUUGCGAAGCGGCUCUUCUCAGUCCGCUCUAGGUCUUAUCUUUUCGCGCAAAGUUGUGCGGCCAAAUUUGCAUAAAUUUUCAUACGAUUCCCAUUACGUUAUGUCGCGAAACAAUAUUGUAAAGAUCAUUCCGAUUAACUAAUGAAACUGAGUGAACAUUUCGCUUGAUUGAAAAUACUUGAGUGCAGCUGACUACGGUGAUGGAAUCUAAUCGAAGAUUAGCCUCAGAACUGGUGCAUAUUCACCAAAUGAGUCAGAUACGAAUCGCGUAAUGUUUCAUAAUCAUCAAAUGCGGAAUCUUCAAUUAGAAUUUUACAAUAAUUUUUUCGCUGUUGCUCUUUCUAACUAAUUUUCCUAUGUUUUUCUGAUAACGAAUUUAAUAACGCUGGAGUAAAACAAAUAGGAUAAUUACCUAACUCAGAAAAAUCUAAAUUAAUGGUUAAAAGUUCUCUGUAUAUUUUUCCUACUUUUGGGUCCUACUUAUUUAUGUAAAAAUAAUAUAAAAUA